AUGGCCCCCAAGCACAAUUACAGAGGAGCAACAGUCGAGGAUCUGGAGUUCCCCCCAGCCUUUUCUGUCACUCCUCAGACAUCUCUGAUCGAGGCUCUGGAGUUGUCGUACGAGAAAGAAUACUCAUACUUACCCGUUAUUUCGGGCAAGAACCGGGCUCUUCUCGGAUACCUUACGGCCGACCAAUUGAGACAGCAGAGCUCCCGGUCCAGUUUGGACGGCUCUGUGCCUGUUGCCAGUGUCUACAACAAGUUUCACAAGGAUGCUUCUCGACCUUUCAAGCCCAUCACCCCCGCUACUCCUCUGGAGCAGCUGGAGAACUUUUUUGAGUCUGGACAGCCUUUUGCUGUGGUGACUGACGAUAGCAGACAGUUUGUGUUGGGAGUGGUUGUCAAGGAGGAUCUGGACAAGUAUGUUAAGUGCCGACCUGAGCUGCAGUAA